AAGAAAGAUAGCGCAGAUAGUGCUAAAACAGCGCCGCAAUCUUUGAUUCCACUGGACGAUGCAAAUGCGUUCUCUACCGAAGACUUUUGUAAGGCCUUCAAUGAAUCCCCAGAAGCGCAAGCGCUUCGCAUGGUCUUCAGAGGUUGCAAUGUGCUCUUUCUGAAACAGGUGGAGACGCGGUUGAGCUCUUUGGUUUGGGACGCUUACCAAUUCUUGGCCAACACGAAGUCUGUGGUUGUGAACGCGCAGGCAAGCAAACCUGAAGUCAGAGUCAAGGUUCCCAUUCCGGAUGAAUUGUGCUUGCCCUUGGUGGGUGGAAAGUUUUCUCCCUUCAAGACUCCUGGCUCUAUGUUCCUUUGCCAUUUCUUUGGAGUUGAGUGGUACAUGGACAAGCCCAUCGGCAACACCGCAGACUUUUGCAUUCCAGCCACGGCUGCAAAGACUGUAACACGGUCUGACUUGGCUUUCUUCAAGUCCAUCCAGAAGGAGCUCACUGUUGUGGCCAAGCACAGUAUUUACGGUGGCGACAACGAUUUGGAUUUGGUUCUUUUGGAGAGGCAGUGGAUCACAUCAGCUACGAAAGCCAAAAAAGCAACCGCAAAGAAGGCGAGCAAGAAGAAAGCACAGGCGGCUUCAGAGCAGGAUGAUCGAACUACACCAAACCAGGAACGCGAGGGAAACCGAGAGAUGUUUGCGCAGCUUGGUGUGGACAUGCCAGUCAGUGCAGAAGAGCAAGUAAAAUUGCUCAAGGAGUUGCUCGAGACAGACACCAAGUUGGAUGAGUGCAUCCGCAACGCCAAGAACUCAGUGAAGAAACCCGAGACUGUUGCAAUCAACAAGCUUGCAACAGAUGAUGAGAAGCACAGCCGUAGCCACCGAGCAAAACUGAUGGCUGAAGCGAUCGAGGCAGCCAAGAAGUAUGAGAAUGCCAAGGCUGCCGCAUUGAUCAAUGAGGAGAAGAAGGGUGUUCGUGUGGCAGUUCCCAAGAAGAAGGCAGCUAAAAGUGAUGAGGCCAAGUUAGUCCUUGCGCUUGGCAAGCACUUGCUGAAGUAA